AUACCUCUACUAUUUGGAUUUGUCUCACAACAACUUGACUGGUCCAUUGCCAGCAUUUAUUGGGAAUUUGACUAAGUUGCAAUCCUUGUAUGUUGGUGCAAAUGCAUUAUCAGGGACCAUUCCAAAGGAGCUUGGAAUGCUUCAAAACCUCAGCAUGUUGGAUUUGUCUCAGAACAACUUGACUAGUCCGUUGCCAGCAUCUGUUGGGAAUUUGACUGAGUUGCAAUCCUUGUAUGUUGGUGCAAAUGCAUUAUCAGGGACCAUUCCAAAGGAGCUUGGAAAGCUUCAAAACCUCAGCAUGUUGGAUUUGUCUAAGAACAACUUGACUGGUCCGUUGCCACCAUUUAUUGGGAAUUUGACUGAGUUGCAAUCCUUGUAUGUUGGUGCAAAUGCAUUAUCAGGGACCAUUCCAAAGGAGCUUGGAAAGCUUCAAAACCUCAGAAUUUUGGGCAUAAGUAACAAUAACUUCCAUGGUUCACUCCCCUCUGAGCUUGGGAACUUGACCAAUCUCCUGGCAUUGUACAUAGAUAGUUGUGGAGUAGGUGGUGAAUUCCUAUUGACCGUAUCAAGUCUCAAGAAGUUGCAGACUUUGUAA